GACGGUUGUACGCGUUCGCGAAACCUUUUCGGCCAUCGCGACCCUACCUCUAAUCUUUAUUUCAACACAUUUCUAGAAAUAACAAUAAAUAAAGUAAUCUCUAAAAUUAAAAAAAUAUAUAUAUCUUCGAACCAAAUCAAGAAAAAAAAAUAGUUAAAACGUGAUGGUUGGUGUUGACGAAGAGGAAGACGUUCGUGUUGGGGCGACCGGUUUAGGCCGUCCUCGAAGGCCGGUAUCGUAUCCACCGUGCGCGUCAGAAACUGCACCCCCAGAGGGUUUUGACCCUGGGGUAAAAAGAAAUUCCGUUCCGGUAACCGCGCCCCCGGUUUCACCACCUUUGCUGCCACCGCCACCGCCGAGUGGUAGAGUUAAGGCGCAGGUGAAGCCCUUCACGAAGGAGUCAUUGGAGAGGUUAGAGCGGAAAACCGUGCAACUGGUGCGCGAAUACGGGUUUCAACCAAGGCGGAAAUUGAGCGUUGAAGAUGGAUCUAGAUUGCCGGCUAAAUACGAACCAUUUCCGCCGAAACUUUAUGGUAGACCUUUGGAAGAAAUUGAUAAUUUUAUUUAUGAUGAGACGUUCUGCGUAGUCUCGAAGAGAUUCAGGAAGAACUACAUCCACAGGUUUACGGCGACCAAUUCGUUUUUCCUGUUCAGCCCGUGGAGUCGCACACGCAAAGCAUGCAUCUACCUAUCGACCAAUCAAUAUUUUGACUAUAUCGUCAUGGCCACCAUUUUGCUCAAUUGCGUCUUCCUUGCCAUGACAGAAACAAUUGAAGAAGCAGAAUAUAUUUUUUUAGCCAUAUACACGGCUGAAAUGAUCAUCAAAGGAAUAGCCAAAGGGUUCAUCCUAAACAAGUACACAUACUUAAGAAAUCCUUGGAAUUGGUUAGAUUUUGUUGUAAUAACGAGUGGUUACGCAACGAUUGGUAUGGAAGUGGGUAAUUUAGCCGGAUUGAGGACGUUUCGUGUGUUGCGCGCUCUGAAAACGAUAUCCAUACUGCCUGGUUUAAAAACGAUCAUCAACGCUUUGUUACACUCUUUCAAGCAAUUAGCCGAAGUAAUGACAUUGACAAUCUUCUGUUUGAUGGUGUUCGCCCUGUUUGCCCUUCAAGUCUACAAAGGAGAACUCAGGAAUAAAUGUGUGCUUAGGUUAUAUGAUGAUAACAUCACCCAUGAAUCAUGGCACAAUUGGACAAGAAAUCCAGAGAACUGGCUCGUGAAAAACGAAACAGACGAACCGUUAUUAUGCGGGAACGUUACUGGUUCAAGACAUUGCCCAUUAACUCAUAUUUGCUUAUGUGUUGGGGAAAAUCCCAAUCAUGGAUACACCAGCUUUGAUAAUUUUUUGUGGUCUAUGCUAACCACUUUUCAAUUAAUUACUUUAGAUUAUUGGGAAAACGUGUAUAACAUGGUUCUUUCAUCUUGUGGCCCAAUAAGUGUAUCAUUUUUCACAGUUGUCGUAUUUUUUGGUUCAUUUUACUUAAUCAACUUAAUGUUAGCCGUAGUCGCGCUUAGUUACGAAGAAGAAGCGGAAAUUACACAAGAGGAAAGAAAAAAGGAAUUAGUAGAUCACCGCGAAGAUUCAACGUUUAGUUUCGAUCCAACGUGUAUCCAAGUAAAAAAACUUUCAAAGCAUAAAUUAAAGAAAAUCGACGCUCGUAAGGGCGUUUUACUUUCGUCGUAUACAAGAAAGAAAACGCGUCGAAGAAAACGACAACGUAGCGGCAUUCAUCCAACUCCAUCGGGAAAUAUGUCCAAACAAGAAGAAGGAAAAGAUAGUAGUGCUAAGUCGUCGCCUAAAGCGAGAAGUCGAAGUGUUACACCGAGUCCUAGUCCUUCGCCGAAAAGCCGAGUCUCAUCGAGGCCUCAAGCUCUUCCUUUGGCGGCAAAUCCAGUACCGAAACAUGUUCAACUCGCCGAUCCAAAAUGUCCGGAUACUUUAAGACCAUCAAAUACAUUGGCUCCAAAUCGUUUGGGUCCAUCAAGCAGACAAACGAGUAGUAACAGCGAAGGUAACAACCGUGAAUCUUCAUUGGACGAUUCCGGUGUAGUCGACGAUCACGAAGACGGCGAUGUUACCUCUGAAGACGUAAACACAACAAUCGCCACGCAAAUGUCUACCACACAAAUAGUGCGACGAGUUGAAGUGACACCAGUGACUUUAUCUUUAAGUCCGAAAGACAUUAAAGUGAUUAAGUGUAACGGUAUAGGUAGUUGUAAGAAGAAACAACACAACAUGUACACAAUUCGACCUGACUAUUUAUCGCACAUCGUUGUAAUUGAUGACAUCCCAGAUAGAAAUUGUAGUGGUUGUGAACAAUGUUGUAUCGAUUACGCUGGAUGGUUGCAAUUUCAACAAGCCUUGUAUGGUAUUGUGAAAGAUCCUUUGUUUGAAUUAACUAUUACGGUGUGCAUUGUUUUAAAUACUAUGUUUCUGGCUAUGGAACAUCAUGGUAUGAGUGAAUCUGUAUUACGUGCUUUAGAUAUAGGCAAUAAGGUUUUUACUUCCAUUUUUACAUUCGAAUGUUGUCUAAAACUCAUGGCACUCAGCAAGGAAUUUUUCGAGUGCGGCUGGAAUAUUUUCGAUCUGAUAAUAGUCUCGGCGAGUUUGCUCGAUCUGAUUUUCGAGUUAGUGGACGGAUUGUCUGUUUUAAGAGGCUUAAGACUGUUACGGGUUUUAAAAUUGGCACAAUCGUGGAUUACGAUGAAAGUGCUUUUAAGUAUCAUAAUAAGUACAAUAGGAGCUUUAGGAAAUCUAACUUUUGUACUAGUCAUUGUUAUUUAUAUUUUCGCCGUUAUUGGGAUGCAAUUAUUUUCAAAGGACUAUUCACCAGACAAAUUUUAUCCAGACGAUGUACCAAGAUGGAACUUUACAGAUUUUUUUCAUUCGUUCAUGAUGAUUUUUCGUAUACUUUGUGGUGAAUGGAUUGAACCGUUAUGGGAUUGUAUGAGAGCAGAAGCACACGAAAGUCCUGGAGUUUGUUUAGCAGUUUUCUUACCUACCUUAGUAAUGGGCAAUUUCAUGGUACUGAAUUUGUUCUUAGCCUUGUUGCUCAAUAGUUUCAAUUCAGAAGAACUGAAGACCAGGAAGGAGGUACAAACAGAAUUGCAUGAUGAGACCACACAAAAAGAAGUUGGUGAUGAAUCCAAACUGGCUCAAAGUUUCGAUCGGAUACGGGACAUCGUCAGGAAAAAGAAACUCGGUCGAGUGCAGGAACAACAGCAAAACGAAAAUAAUUCCAGGUUGGAACAAAUCGUUAGAGAAGUUAUGCAAAGACAUGCUGAAGAGGAAGCAUUUGCUAAAAAAGGCAUUACUCCUAAAGCUGUACAACAAACCAUCGUCGCUUUUCCAAGGGACAAAAGAAGCUAUCAAGAGGCUAUGAAUAGACCGAUUUCAAUAAUUAGUUAUGAUCCACCUGAUUAUCAAGAAGUUAUUCUUGAAAAACCAGCAGAAACACAACUACCUAAUAAAAGGCACUCAACGUUAAUAAAUGGAAACUCAGAUGACAAUAAUGUUCCGGUUGCUGUUGAAGAUCCAAAAAUUCAAAAAAAAAUUCUUCCUCAAUUAUCAUCAGCUUUGGGAACAACAUGUGAUAGUAAAGAUGAAACCUCAAUGGAAAGUGUAGAAUUAAAAAAUUUUAACCGAACAAUUUCCGCGGAUACAGAAAACGAAGAAGAAUCCGCAUUAUGCCCAGAGAAUAAAGAUUCGAAAAAUCAAAAAGAAAAAAAUCCACGCGAUGAAGAUAGACCAUGGCAAACAUUAGUUUCUUAUGUAGACGAACUCACCGUUGGUGGUAGAAGAAAUUCAAAGGGCCAAUACGUAGAUGGUAUGGGUAGUUUUCCCGGUUUUGGGAAAAAGAAAAAACCUAAAGUACCCCCAAAUUGUUUUCCACCGCAAUGUUAUGACAAAUGUCCGUUUUUGGAUAAAUGUAUCGAAACGAAUAUCGGGCAACAAUGGACCAAAAUGCGAACGGCCGUUGUUUCCGUUGUGGAUACCCCAGCUUUUGAAUGGUUCAUAUUAGUUUUAAUUUUUGCAUCAAGUGUCACUUUGUGUUUCGAAGACAUCCAUUUGGAUGAUAAUCCAAACUUGAAAAGCGUUUUGUAUUGGACUAACUUAGUGUUUUCUAUUAUUUUUAUUAUUGAAAUGGGUUUAAAAUGGCUUGCUUUAGGUUUUCAUCGAUAUUUUACAAGUUUUUGGACGUUACUUGAUUUUCUUAUAGUUUUUGUGUCAUUAUUUAGUUUGUUAAUCGAAGAAAACGAAAACUUGAGAGUUUUGCGUUCUUUAAGAACAUUGAGAGCUUUGAGACCUUUACGAGCAAUAAGUCGAUGGCAGGGAAUGAGAAUCGUCGUAAACGCACUUAUGUACGCAAUACCUAGUAUCUUUAACGUGUUACUCGUGUGCCUUGUAUUUUGGUUGAUUUUUUCUAUAAUGGGAGUGCAGUUUUUUAGUGGAAAAUUUUUUAAAUGUAUUGAUGCCGAUGGUGCUAUGUUACCAAUAACGGAAGUUGACACAAAAGACGAAUGCCAUUAUAAGAAUUAUACAUGGGUCAAUUCAAAAAUAUCUUUUGAUCACGUUGGAAUAGCUUACUUAGCUCUAUUCCAAGUCGCGACAUUUGAAGGUUGGAUGGAGGUUAUGGCUGAUGCUGUAGACGCACGAGGUGUUGACCUCCAACCUCAAAGAGAAGCCAAUUUGUACGCAUACAUUUACUUCGUUAUUUUCAUAGUUUGCGGAUCGUUUUUUACCCUUAAUUUAUUUAUUGGAGUUAUUAUCGACAAUUUUAAUAUGCUCAAAAAAAAGUAUGAGGGUGGAGUUUUAGAAAUGUUUUUAACCGAAAGCCAAAAACAUUAUUACACUGCAAUGAAGAAACUUGGACGAAAAAAGCCUCAAAAAGUCAUUAAGAGACCGAUGAAUCAAUUUUUAGCUAUGUUUUACGAUCUCUCGAAUUCGAGACGUUUCGAAAUCGCCAUUUUCGUUUUGAUUUUUUUAAACAUGCUCACCAUGGGCAUUGAACACUAUGAUCAACCGCAUGCCAUUUUCUUUGUUCUCGAAGUUAGUAAUGCUUUUUUUACCACUGUAUUUGGAUUGGAAGCAAUAGUAAAAAUAAUUGGUUUAAGAUAUCAUUACUUUACGGUUCCUUGGAACGUGUUCGAUUUCCUUUUAGUCCUAGCAUCGAUCCUAGGUAUCCUGAUGGAAGACAUAAUGAUCGACUUCCCAGUUUCUCCAACGCUUCUUCGCGUGGUCCGCGUCUUCCGUAUCGGUCGCAUUUUGCGUCUCAUUAAGGCGGCGAAAGGUAUCCGAAAACUACUCUUCGCGCUUGUCGUGUCUCUUCCGGCUUUAUUCAAUAUAGGCGCCUUACUCGCUCUUAUCACUUUCAUCUACGCGAUCAUCGGCAUGUUUCUAUUUGGACACGUACGCCAACAAGGAGCCCUAGAUGAUAUGGUUAACUUCCAAACGUUCGCACGAUCUAUGCAUUUAUUAUUUCGAUUGAUUACCUCGGCUGGAUGGAACGAUGUCUUGGAAAGUUUGAUGGUGGAACCACCCGAUUGUGAUCGACAUUAUCGAGGACAAAGUAAUGGUGAUUGCGGUUAUCCCCUUCUGGCGAUUAUUUAUUUCACCAGUUUUAUUAUUAUCAAUUAUAUGAUUGUUAUUAAUAUGUAUAUUGCGAUUAUUUUGGAAAAUUUUAACCAAGCGCAUCAAGAAGAAGAAAUUGGAAUUGUUGAAGACGAUUUAGAAAUGUUUUAUAUUAGAUGGUCAAAAUACGAUCCUCACGCAACCCAAUUCAUCCGAUUCUCGCAAUUAUCCGAUUUCAUAGCAUCUUUAGAUCCACCUUUAGGUAUUUCAAAGCCAAAUACGGUUGCGUUGGUCAGUUUUAAUUUGCCGAUUGCAAAAGGAAAUCGGAUACAUUGUUUAGAUAUUUUACACGCUUUGGUUAAACAUGUUUUGGGGCAUGUUGAGGAAACGGAUACUUUUAGACAGCUUCAAGAACAAAUGGAUAUAAAAUUCAAAAAGCAGUUUCCAACAAGAAAGGAACUCGAAAUUGUUUCGUCAACGCGAAUAUGGAAACGACAAGACAAAGCGGCGAGAUUAAUUCAAAGGACAUACAGGAAUUAUGUAAAGCGUAAACGUGAGAAAGAACGCGAAGCCCUAGAGUUAGAAGAUGGUCAAACUCAAACUUCUUCGCCGGGAGAUUGGAAGGGAAGGCUGUCGGCCUUCCUGCACGUGCAUCGAGGGAGUCGUGCCUCAUCUCGAAAGUCCUCCAGGGCCUCGGACGCGUCGGACUUAAGCGAAUUGGGCGGCCCAUGGCUGAACCUCCCGCUGCUGCUUCUGUCCAGCGCGACCAACAUGGACCCUGAGGAUUUGGACGCGAGGCGCGAGUCCGCCGAUGGCGGCUGCGUUAGCGUCAAAGUUAGCGCUGCGACUCCGGACGCCCCAACAACGCCAAUUUUACAUUCGGCGGCAGCCGCCACCAACACCAUCCGCAGGAAGAGCCUCUACAACUUUCCCUUCUUUCUCAGACACCAGGACGCCGUCGUCGACGACAACGAACCGUCACCGCCGGCGCCCAAAAAACUCAUCCCCAUAUCGGCACCCACUCUUCAUCCAUCGAUGGCGGAAGAUUCCAAAAAGAUUCGAGGGAGCAUUAUCCGCAGGAAGAGGAGUUCGUUCAAAACGAAAUCUUUAAGAAGACCGGAAUCAGAACCUACUCAACCGGAUGUGAGUAUUUUAGUGACGGAGGCGUCACCGGAAUCACCGAAUCCCAAACCGCCGCUCCUUAGACAGCAAAGUGAGACGGUUGUUCACGUGCUAGUGCAUAGAGAGAGUGAAGAAUAUCGUGAAGAAGAGGAGCAGGCGGCGGCAGCUGCGGCGGCGGCUAAACUAAGAAAGACUCCAAGCGAGUCCCACUUAGACGUUUUAGUCGCCAAAGAGGAACAAAAUAGCUGAUUAGAAGUCGUCGAAUAGUGACUUACGGUCACUGUUAGAGAAAAGUGUAGGAGAGUGUUAAAUUUGAUUUUUUCAUUUUGGAUUUUUCUCGUUCUCGUCGAUUUCUUGUAUAGGUUUAAGAGAAAUGGUAAAGUGAAUACAUUCUAAUUGAGGUUUUGAAUAUGGUUAUUAGGCUCGAUUUUAUAAUUAUUACAUUAAAAAGUCAUUGAUAAAUUUAUAAUUUAAACAUAAAUUUCCUCAAAAGAAAUUUAAAAUUUCUUCAAAUUUUAGAAUACUUUGAGUUACUCAUUAUUCGUAAAAUUAUAGUAGAAUGUCAAAAAUCCAAUCCAUCCACUUAAUUAUUUCAAAAAAUCAUUAAUUUUUGUGUGCGUGAACAUUGAACUAUCUGCGUUUUGUAUUUAGACAUUGUUGUCUCCAACCACGUGAAUACUUCAGCAUGUGAAGAGGAACUGUCAUAACAAUUGUCAUGUCCAAGAUCCUCUUUACUUUGUUAAAACUUGUAUACAGCUCGCUGCUUGCAAAGCCACAACUCUGUUCUGCUACUGAAGAAGUAACUGCACUCGUAGGCAUAAAUUGGAAAAGCUAUCUAACCUGCAAUAGCUUCCAACAGAAGACCAACGCACUAUAAAUGUGAAAACAAGAAAUGAGGUUAACUUAAAAAUCAAGACCAUUAAAAGAGUUGACUAGAUUAAAUUUACCAAUAACGUAGACCACAACAUAUAUUCGUUUUCUUCUCGCUUAGUCUUCUCUUCUAUCCUUAUAGCAUUUUGUAUGCAAUUAAGAGUUUCUGUCAAUUUUACGAUGGUUAGGGCUUUUUCCGAUUGUGCUAGUCCAACAUCAUCUUCUUCAGCAUCAUUUUGUUACUGCAUUUUAAUAAACUCAGCCAAAUCAAGCUCCUUAUCAUGUAACUCCAAGAGGGUAAUCUUCAUUAUCAACAUCCAAAUCGACUUGCCUUCCUAAAGUAACAUCAUUUGCUACUAUUGCGGUUAUAAGACGUUUUUUUGCUGCCAUAUCAAGUGAAUCGCUAAAGAAGUCAAAAGAAUUUUACAAAUUCGUUUAUAUCUGCUUCGUUCAUAUGAAGAAGGCCUUCGAGAAGGAAGAACUGCGAAUUUUCAACGUUUAUUUAUUCAUAUUUUGAUGCCACUUUACAAUUUUUGCAACGCGAAGUGUUUUGCAGUGACCACGAUUGCAAACGUUCUGCUUAUCAGAAAUAAAAAAACCGGACGGCAAUGUAAUCUGUAAAGUAUGAUCUAGUUUUUGAAUCACGAGAUAAGUCAGAAACGAUAAAAUCAGUAUGAUAUGGUACGUAGACGUCAUGGCAGAUACGGAAGAUGAUCAGCAAACACAGCUCCUUAAACACUAUAAACUAAGCCAAUAACUAAACAUGAUUAUCCAUCGACAAAACAAAAGUCAUGACAACCGCCAAAGAUCCAAUUGUUACACUUGGGGUAGAAGACAAACCCAUCGAACAAGUAAGUCAGUUCUAACAUCUUGGACUGGAUAAGAAAUACAUAUAUUAGAGAACAAUGUGGUAUACUAUAUGUGGUGAGAUGGGGGAAAUAAAGAAUAAGAGGAUAACGUUUAUCUGAAAAGGAUGAAUGAAAGCAGGUUAGAAUAAGUAAUAUAUAAGUAUGUAGUACUAGGCAAAAUCAGUACGUGCUCGAAUACCAGAAGAUCACCGACAAGAUAAAAGGACAGCUGGAAGUUAAUAUCACAAUUUAGAAUCCAGGCACUUUUCUGUGCUCUAUAAGUCACUGGCAUAUGUUUUAAAAUGCCUUAUAGUGAGUUUACACAUGCAUGGAUUUAGUGGCGCCAAUAAAAACUGGCGCGCCAGUAAAAUUAAAUUGCAUGUGUACACAUCAACUGGCAUGCAAGUUGAAACCAUGCAUGCAUGGAUCGGAAAAGUCUGCACCCUUCUGAAAUUACUGGCGCCAGUGAUGAGUCUAAAACAUGUAACCAUGGCAACAUAGGUGAGUGUCCACAAAAAUACAAAAUUUUUGAUGUCAAAUUUAGGUUAUGUUUCCUUGCAUUCAAAUUAAAUCCCAAUUACGUUAACACAUUCAACGAUAACGUAUAAUUAUCCACCUUAAACCUAGAAUAUAUCUAUUUUCCUUUCGGUUUAGGUUCUAAUUUGUGUAUAUAGUUGUAGUACACUUUAAAAAUGAAACUGGCGUGUCACUCAUUUUUUACAUGUGCCUCCCCAGUGGCAUAUGUAAUGUAAACCUUUACUGGCGUGCAAGUAGAACUGGCGCAACUACUGGCGCCACUAAAGCCAUGCAUGUCUAAACUCACCUUUAGUUUCAUACUUUAUCCAGUAACUAAAGGUAAUACUUGGUCACCACUAGCGUUUGCACAAACUAUUGCUAUAAUUUGUUUCUUAGUUACUUUAAAACAAGGAGUAGCUUUUUCUCGGCGGCAAGCUAAGGACUUUUGAACCAAAGCAUUCCAACUUAUCCCAAUUGAGAGAUACCAGCAAAGCCACUAUUUCAUGCAAAAUUCAAAACUUGCUCUUGAAAGAUUCUGCGGCUAUACUGUCCGAAGAUAAACCCUCCCAGUGAAUAGUCAAUUCUCUUAUUCCAUGUCUUGAGAUGAAAUUUUCAUCUGAGCCUGGCUCUAAAGUCAGCAGGACAGACUAAUUAUUCGUUAAGGGUGUGUCCAAACAUUGCGUUGUGUUUGGCUGUCCUCGCGCGCGGCUUGCCGCGCAAUCAUUCUUUGGCAUGUCCAAACUUGCGCAUGGCAGAAUUGUGUCCUGUGAAUGUCGAGUGUUGCUGCCGUGUAUUUAAAGAAAGGGGCUUGUUCAGGUAUAUUUCCUAAACUACAUUUCUAGGUAAGCCACAAAUUCAUUGAACAUUCUAAAUAUCAUAAUGAUAUUCAAACGCCCGAUGUCGUCUGGUCUUGAAUGUGAACUUUUUGACGUUCUACUGUAUUAAGCAAAGUAUUACUAUAAUAAAUUAAAAUAAUCAAACUUCACCUUUAGAAAAAGUAAAAAUAUAAAAUUUAAGAAAUUAUGAAAUUGAGCCUUUAGUUAGAUAAUAAUGCUUUAAUACUAAAACAAAACCAUUAUUAUUUAACAAAUGACCUUCUCAAA